AUGCGCAAAUACCAACUCGGCACGCGCUGGCAUCCAAAACUCCAGAGUAUCGAUUUACCACGAUCUCUAGUUAAAAAUUUGUUCACCCAUCAUCCGGUGAUUUCGUAUAACACGAAACGUUAACUUUCUGCAUCAUCUCUCGUAAACGAGCUGCCUUUCUAUUGUCUUUCUUUUAAUAAACACCAUUUAUACCCAGUGGGAAAUAUUCAGCGAAAGAGAAUCGUAUCGUCUGCGUAAGAAACUCAAAUUUGAUGAUACAACAACGAUUCGACGGGUGACUAAUAUUUGAUGAAAGGACGAGCACUAAUACCAAUGGCGUCUCAAGUGAUUCUCCUAUGCAUGUUAGUAUGCUUUGGCGGUGUCUACGGAACGCAAGACGAAUACCGGCUCUUAAACGACAUGUUUGCCAACUAUAGCAACAUCAUUAGACCAGUAGAAAGGUCAGCAGACCCCAUUGACGUGUUAAUCGGAGCAGCCAUACAACAGAUCAUUGAUAUGGACGAGAAAAAUCAAGUCAUCACUCUUAAUUUAUGGAUGCGAAUGCAAUGGACGGACAGUAACUUAAAAUGGAAUCCAGCUGACUAUGGGGAUACUACAGUCCUUAUUGUACCCAUAGAAACAAUAUGGAGGCCAGACAUUGUUCUAUUUACAAAUGCCGACAGCAGCUUUAACGGAAUGAUGAUGACCAGUGCCUCCAUCUCUCACGAUGGCAUCGUCCGGUGGAACGCACCGGCCAUCUACCAGAGCACAUGUAAAAUAGACAUCACUUACUUCCCUUUUGAUGAGCAGCACUGCAGCCUAAAAUUCGGGUCCUGGGCCUACCACGGGUUCCAGAUCGACCUCAAGAACAGGACCACGAGCGGCGACAUCUCCGCCUACAUCGACAACGGCGAGUGGACUCUCGUGGGCAUGCCUGUCAAGAGGAACCUGUUAUUUUACAAUUGCUGCCCAGAGCCUUAUCCUGAUGUUGAAUUCACCGUCAUCAUCCGCAGGAGGGCUCUCUUUUAUUUCAUCAACCUCCUCGGGCCUUGCGUUCUGAUUUCGUUGAUCACCGUUUUGGAUUUCUUUAUGCCGGCCGACGCGGGGGAAAAAGUCACGCUGGGGAUCACCAUUCUCCUGGCGCUCACUGUGUUCCUGUUGCUCGUAGCAGAGACGAUGCCCCCUACAUCGGAAGUUGUCCCGUUGAUAGCUCAAUAUUACGCCUGUACCAUCGUCCUGGUUUCCCUCUCUACUGUGAUGACAGUCUAUGUCCUGAGUCUCCAUUACCGACUACCUGGAACCAACCGCGUGCCACGAGGCAUGAAGAAGUUCGCCUUCAGUUUCCUAGCCCGAAUCAUGUGCAUGGGAAGCUUCCUCGUCAACAUGGGGGACGACGAUGACGAGAACGAGAUUUCGCAGAACAAGUCCCACGCCGGCGUCUACGAGAACACCUUCCUCAGCCAUCAGAACGGGAUCGCCAUCAUGGACGACUCGGAGAAGAAAUCGUCGGAGGAAUCGUCCGUGGUCUCUAAGAGGUUCGAAUCGAUGACCCACGACAUCAUGACGAACCUGAAGUACAUCGUCAAGAAGAAGAAGGAUGAGGACGCGGAGGAUGACAUCAUGACGGAGUGGAAGUACGUCGCGGUCGUGUUCGAUCGCCUCUUCAUGUGGGUGUUCCUUCUUGCCACCACCAUCUGCACCCUUGCCAUCAUCUGUCAGCCCAAACCGUUUACAGGACCCAACGAGUUCUAGGAACUCUGUACUAUUCAUUUCUAACUAGGGACUGAUCACAAUACGAACUGAGAUUGGCAUAUAAGUCACAUUGUAUUUCCAAGACAAUCAGGUCGGCUUUCGCUAGCUUAAAGCCCGUCUGCACUAGUUUGACAAGGAGGGAUUAGACCUCCGUGCAAGGUCACUGACAGGUGGUUAUCUCAUCAAAUCAGCUGUCAAUUAACAUAAGCAAAAGGCAUCAUGGGGGACCAACGGGCAUCGCUCAGGCAUUGUUUGCUAUGUAGAGGGCGCAAGUAGCUACUGUACAAAAGUAGUGCAGUCCGGCUUUAAGGCCCGUUGCGCGCGAGGCGUCAUUCCAGUAGUCUGCAAUACCACUUUCUCAUGGGGAAUCGAGACUACGCUGACGGAGUCCUAAGUCAAUAAAUUGACGCAUCAUGUGGAACGGACUUUAGCUUUCACUGAGCCCACAUCGAUGCAGCUGUACUAGCAAGUGCUAUUCUCCAUGUUAUGAAUGGUUUGACAAGCUAAGUCUGACCAUGAUGACUGAGAACCUAAACCAGUGUCAAAGCAUCUAUACUGACCCUGUAUCAUACUAAUAACAACUAUGGUACUCAAAUUGAAAAUAUAUCAGCACAUUCACUGUCAUUCCACCACCAAAGUAUAGAUUUAGCUAGAAACGUAAAAUCGUGUAAAUAUACGCAAUGUUCGUGUAUGUAACUAAUUUCUAUUUUUCUUGCCCAGGUCAUUUACUUAAUUUGGAAGUGGAGUACAUUUCCAACAGGUAUAAGCAUUUCUCUAAAUAUGGGACAUAAUAAAAUGUAAGUAUUAAAGCGGAAUGUACACUACGUACAUCUAUCGAAGUGUCUAUAUGCUACACUGAACAUGAUGAUAUAAAAACAAACAUUAAAUACGCAUCUUCCUACACUCCUCAAGUUUUAAGAAUGAAAUCUGUCAGACGACUACAACAAGGUAGCCAGAAAAAGAUGAAACAAAAGAGUUAAAAGAUAAGAGCAUGAUAUUUGUUUUAAUUGAUUGAUUUUCAUUGUGUAGUAUUCCGUUAAAACUUUAAAUUGAUCUGUAUUUGAUAUGUAUUUCUAUACAAAUUUAUGUUUAUACUUAUAAUAGUCAUGCAACUCACUGAUUAAAAAAAAAACGAUCGUAAAGACUUACCCCAAAAAUCAUCAAGGGCAAUAGUAAUCCCCGAAUGUAUUGCCAUAAGAAAUACAGAUCAGAUAAAGUUAUUUGUUUAUGCAAUAUUCAUAAAUUUCAAAUGCUAAUUGACCAGGCGAUUGAAUGUGUCUUACAUUGAAUUUUCGACAGUCUCUGCGAACCUGUUCGAUGAAUUAUAUCGUAUAUAUCUUAUUAUGUUGUUGCAAUAUUCACACAUUUCAAAAGGUGCUGACAACGAUAUUUGGUUUACCUUAGUUUGAUUUUUGCGACUGUGUUUGAAGAAUGUAUUACUGUUGUGCUCGAGUUCUGUUUAACUCAAUUUGAGAAGCGUAGCAAAUAACAUCGUGAUGUGAAGCCAAGACAGGUCUUAGCUAAUAACUAUAACCAAUCAUAUUUUGUACAGAUAGAUAUUUAGUUAAAAGGUUUAUGCCUUUUUUUAUACAUACAUGUUAGUAACUAGUUAGCAGAGCUGUGACAUAUUGAUGAUUUAAAGUAUACACAAUUAUGUAGCAAAUGUUUGAACAACGUGUUACUUGACUUAAUACACUUCACAUGACAUCAUUCAAGGUCAUCGAUUUUGAACAUUUGAUACGAAUCCACUAAAUUUGGAAAUACGUACUAAUAUGCAUUGCAUUUCAAUUAGUUAUUGUUUCAGCGGUUUGUAAAAUUCUCUCGUUUUUAACACUGUGCGAUCAUUAUUACUUGCUGAGAGGCAGAAAGGAGCUAAAUGCAUUAUCCUUUUGCUUAGAAUGAUGGCCAUUUUGGCUAUCAGCAGAAUUAUCAUUUUUGUUGUAGUUGUACAUUAUUGAUAACAUUAUGCAUCGUAUUUCAAGGUGGUUGCAAUGAAUUGACACCGUAAAAGGCCUUUUAAUGUAUGAGUACUGUCAAAAUGAUUAGUUUAUCCAUUACCCGUGUGUACAAUGUAAUAUCAUGAAUUUUCAUUCUGUAUGUAUGUUUUUUUCCCUCAAUAUAAACAGCACUGCUAGACUGUGUUAUAAAUCAUAUGGGCAAAUCGAUAUGCAAUUUUGAUUAUCAAAUAUCUAUACAUUGUGUUAAAUAAUACCCAUUACAUUUUAUAGAUUAUAAAGUUGAUAUGUAUUCAUGAAAAUCGUCCAAAAUUGAGAAAAUAAAAAAAAGGAUAGAAUGUGA